CCUCUCCUCCGGCGGGGUGGCCUUAAACCCAGGCACCCGCCAGCCCCUCGCCAGCCCCCUUGGCCAGCCGCGGGAGAGGCGGCGCGGCUCCUUUAAGGAGGCUCCUGCAGCCCGAGCCCAGCCGGAGCGCGUCCCGCAGCCGGCCGAAAGAAAGCCCACGCCGCUCCUUCUCCUCCUCCUCCUCCUUCUCCUUUCGGCUGCCUCGGUGGACUUUCCCCGCCCGGCGUGGAUGCUCCGCAGGUGAGGCAGCCCCUGGGCAUCGCCGCCAAGCCCCCGCUCUUCCCCAGCCGCCGGUGGAUGGAUGGAUGGAUGGAUGGAUGGAGGAACAUAAGAAAAUAAGAAAGGCUGGCCUCAAACAUAUUCCUGGAUAGCAGUUCCAACCAGCAGUUCAUGUUAAAGGCCUCCAGAGGAAGUAGCAUCACAACUUGACAGACAGGAAUGUGGAAGGAGGCUUGCAAAAAUGUUUCCAGACAUCUGAAAAAAGACUUGGGAGGACCGAUCUCCAAAAGAUCCCAGGAUUGUCAGGAGGCUACAUAUCUGCCUGCUGAACACUCAUUUCGCAUUGGUAUUAAAGCAUGCCACCUGCUAUGACAGAAAACUGGUAGGGAGAUGCCCGACCACCAGAAGCUCUCUGCAGCAUGCUAAGGAGACGUAACCUUCUCACUACACUUCUGAUUGCCUUGCCAUGGGGCCUUCUUCUAACUUUGUGGCAUCAGUACCCAACCACCCGCUACCUCAGCCUUCUGAGAAAGGAAACAGAUGAAAACGUGACAGCCAAAUCUCUCUUCAAUAGCACAUCCCUAGCGAGGGAGGAUGGGCUCCCGUCUUGUGCUCGGCAACCAGCUAUUGGGACUGCUCCCAAAAUAAUCCGGAGCUUUGUAUAUUCCAGGCCUCCCCCAUGGUCAGACACACUGCCUGCCAUAUUUGUGAUCACACCAACGUACACCAGGCCUGUGCAAAAGGCUGAGCUGACCCGACUGGCCAACACCUUCCUCCAUGUGCAGAACCUCCACUGGAUAGUGGUGGAGGACUCACCCAGAAGGACCAACCUGGUGUCUAAUUUGUUGGAGAAGGCAGGGAUCAAUUUUACUCACCUGAACAUUGAGACUCCUAAGAGCCUGAAAGUGGGUGUGUCCUGGAUCCCUUCUCAUACUCCACGAGGCACGUUCCAGAGAAAUCUUGGACUCCAUUGGUUGAGGCAAAGCUUCAGCACCAUAUCACCACCGGAGGGUGUAGUGUACUUUGCUGAUGAUGAUAAUACCUAUAGCUUGGAGCUGUUUGAAGAGAUGCGCUAUACAAAGAAGGUCUCUGUAUGGCCGGUCGCCUUUGUUGGAGGCCUGAGGUAUGAGUCUCCUAAAGUGAGUCCAGCUGGCAAAGUGGUGGGCUGGACAACCGUGUUUGACCCAAACCGUCCCUUUGCCAUUGACAUGGCUGGCUUUGCCGUCAACAUCAGAUUGAUCCUGGAGAAAUCUCAAGCCAAUUUCAAACUGGAUGGAGUUAAAGGAGGCUAUCAAGAAACUAGUUUACUGAAGGACCUGGUGACAAUGGAUGGAUUGGAGCCUAAAGCUGCCAACUGCACAAAGGUCUUGGUCUGGCACACGAGGACCGAAAGGCCAACGCUAGUUAAUGAAGGCAAACAUGGAUUCACUGAUCUAAGGGUGGAGGUGUAGAGAAACUGUCUUAACUUUGUGGUCACUUUUCACCGCUCUACAAUUGCUCAGCAAGGCACUGAAGCAGCAAUCAGAAACAAAUUCCUCCUUGUGAUCAUAUCUUCUAGCUUCCAAUUCUCCUUAAGCCAUGAAAGAAAGAAGCAAAAUGAAUGUCAUGCCCAAGUCCUUUUGCUUUGUAUUCUGACGAUUCAUCAUAGAAAAAAAAAGAAUCAUGUUUCUGAAGUUGUAUUUAUUUCUUGAAUGAUAUUUUAAAGACCAGAGCCAAUUCUUUCUAUACAACACCUUGGAGAAUGCAAGAAGAGCCAGGUUUGCACAGAAGACAGAACUCUCUUUGCUUGAUCCACAUAUCCGAUAAGAUUUUGAAAUUUUGAGAAGCAAUAAGAUAUGUGCUUCUACAUAUGUUUUUUUAACGCAUGGCACUUCAAAAAUAGGGCAUCCCUACUAUAUUAGCAGUGAGAUAUUACUGCAUCAUGUAAAAUAAGAGAUACUGUCAGAAUGGCUCGUUUAAUCUGAGGAUUCCUCACCAUCACCCCCCCCCCCUCCCCAAGGAUAUGAUUGGGCAGUUCUAUAUGUGAUUCGUACUUUAGGAAUUAGUUGAGUUCUCCACCAAUUCUUCUGUUACGUUCCAAAAUUCAGCACAAGGUUUCAAUCACCACCAGUUAUUCUUGGAUCUAAAUACCGACUGAGCCAGAAAGUGUGAGCCAUAAAAAUCAUGAAUCCCUGUCAGCGAGAAAUGAUCAUCUGCUGUAUUCUUUAGAUCAACCCAUUCUCAUAGGGAAUGCUGAAUUAGCCUUUAUCCAAAGGAGGAAUGAUACCUUGGGCAAUAGCUACGUUUUGGUUUCCUGGAUCCAGGGGCAAAGCUUUGGCAACCGUCGGGAAAAGAUUACUGUGCUAGAUGGAUCUUUAAUCUGAAACAGCAGGACUCUUUUUGUGUUCAUGUAGUGUUGUAGACCUCUUGCACAUUCUUAAAUGAUUUCUGUACAUGCAUGAUCAAUUUAAGUUCAUUAUCUGGCUGGACUGCUAUGAGCUUUGAUGAAGCAACAGGUUCAAAAUGAGCAAAGAAUGCUCAGUCAUAGAGAAUCAUGGAUACGAAGUUCAAUACAAGUUUAAUACAAGGAAAAUACACUUGUAGAAGGAAAUGGCUGAGAUCAGAAAUAUGUAUGCAACAUGAAGCAAAAAUGGAAAAUUAACAGUUUGCAAUUGUGUUUGUAUUUAGAGAAGUACUGUCAGGAAAUCAGCAUAGUUUGGGGCAAGUAUAGAUUAAAGAGGGAUUCAUGGGUAAAAGAACUGGACUAUAAUGAACUGUAAGAAUUUAAUGAUAGCACAAUUGUUUGUCUCUGUGGUGAGCUCUGCUCACUUAAAAAAGAAAAAAGCACACCCUUGGGGUUUUCUGUUAGAAAUUCUCACAAUUAACUUAACUGAAAAAGGACUUUCCCAUUUUCUGAGCCAGCCCUGAGAAAGUAGCAGGGUAUCAAUUUGUUUCAUAGCUUAUUUAUAAUAUGGGACUUUUCUGCCUAUUCCAUUUAUAUUCAUAUGGAUCAUCUGGUAUGUUUGUGAAGAUCUUUUUUUCCUUCCCAUGCUCUUCGGGACUCUGGUAGGAAAUAAGAAACUAUUAUUUUUGCUUCCGAAAUGUCUUAUAUUUAAUGCUCACUGCAUUGAUAACAGGAGGGACCCAGUUUUUUAAAUUAGUCAAAUAAUUAGAAGCACAGUAAUAAGGUAAAUGUGUAAUUUUUAAAAAAAGAAUUUAGUCUAUGUGGGAGUUUAGGUUGGCAGAAAAGGAUUGUCAAAUUUCUCAGUUCCUUUACCAGCUGUUUCUGUGAGGGAAACCAUGGAGAUCACCUUAUAAUAGAACGAGCACUCAGCACAUUCAAGGAUAUUCCUGGGUACAUUUUCUUUCUCUUUAUUAUUAAUGCAGAUAUAUAAUCUAGGGUCUAUCUUAUGCCCGCUACUGUAGGGAGGGGAAAGUUAUAGUUGCGUUGCAACAUACAUUGUUCUUGUUCCAGCUAGGAUUAGUGGAAGUUAAAUCCAACAUUUGGAGGGACAAUUGCAUUGGUGUCAGUAGGAAAUCAUCUUUAUUUUUUUUCAGAUUCUACCAGAUAAUAAGAGGAAAUAUUGAAUAUCAUAUCUUUUACACUACCAGUAGCAGGUCUGCUGUACCUUUGAGAACAAAACACAGCUUUUCCAUUCAAUAUGUGCUUGCUGGUAUGGCUAUAAAGUGAGAUAAUUUUUACAGCAAAAAAUAGCAUUUGUGUGUGUGUGGGGGGGGGGGGGGGGAGAGAGAGACUAAGUCAGCAAGCACCCCUGAAGAAAUAAGGCUAAACCUAGAUGCCCUAACAGUUGGGAAGAGGCAUCUCAAAUAUCUCAUUGAAAUUAACUCCUACUUCUUCUGGGCACAUGAGGUGAAACACAUCAACUUCUACCUGAGGCUGCAUGGUUUUUCCAGCCCUGAACACAUUCACUGUUAACAGUGGACUAAGGCCAUAAGAAUGGGAAUCAUAUUUGUCAAUAUUAAUAUCCCAGGUGAAAAGGGUUCCCCCCUUCAAAUGGUAUUUUCUGUGUAGAAACCAGGCUUUCCAUACAGAAAAUAUUUUAUGUGCAGCACAAAAAGUUACUGAGCAUAAAAUGUGGUUUUUUGGCAAAAAAAAAGUGUCAGGUUUUUUUCUCAGAAUAAAUAUUCAACUCCAAAUAAUUUUCAGACACUGCCAGGGACUUGAUCACAGCAAGAAGAAAAGUGAUUAAUAAUAACAUAAUAACAUUUAAUUUAUAUUUUGCCCUAUCUCCCCAAGGGGACUCAGGGGAGAUCACAGUACACAUACACGGCAAACAUUCAAUGCCAAUAGGACAGACAGUCAGAAAGGAGGUAUGUUGUUUCCAGGUCCAGGUUCAGUGCCUUAGAGGUUGUGCUUGGAUUCAGCCACAGGGGGUGCUGUUACUCCAUUCUCUUAUGACAAAGCCAUCAGGACUUCCUCCUUCCUUUUGGUCACUGGCAUUUCUGGUCUUUUUAUGGUGUCGUAAAAUACCUCCCCUGCUUAAUUAGCUGAACCUAAUUUCUCUACUUACAGCUCUAAGCUAUUUUCGAACUGCUUAAGUAAACAGUGAGCUAGGCUUGAAAACUGGAUGCUCACCCCAACUGGGCUACGAACUGGGCACCUUUUGGUUGGUAGAUCUUAUUACUGCUGGUGAUUUACCAGCUGUGCUAAAACCCAGUUCAGAUUGCGUUCUUGCCCAUGGGAAAGAAAUGUAUGAAGAUUUGCACCUCUCUCCUUUCAGCCACUCACGUCCCCCCACGCCCCACAUCUUUGCACAAUGCCACCUUAUUGAGAUUGCUGUUUAGUUCCUGAUACUAGCAGCAGAUAAGCAAAGGCCUUGGAAGCAGAAAACAGUUAUUUUUUUCUCCCAAUAUUUGUAAAACAGCCAGGUAAGCAAUUAUCACCCACGGCAUCAGGGCUGCAGAUUGUACCUGUUCUAUACAAUACAAAUAAAUGCUACCUGCAUGACAGAGGAAAAGAAUGACCUCUUUUCCCCUGUUUUAUGAUGAAAUAAUAUGGCUCAAUGAGGAGGAGACCCACAGGCCAGCUGAGGUGGAUGAAGGAAGACGAAGCAUACUUAAGCUCAGAUGGCUGGAGAAUUUAAAAAGGAGAGUCUAGUGAGAGAAACUGAGUUGCUCGAAAAGAGCAGUACAAAAAGGGCUUUGUGGAAUCUCCUUGGGGCCAGUGUUCUAGUCCUUGAAUUUCAUGAAUACUAUUAACUUUCUGUAUUGCUUUAAAAAAAACCUGCAUUGUUAACAAGAGAAAAUGUCAAUGAAGUCAUUUCUGAUGCUUAUUUAUAAUGGUGGAUGCUCAGUUAUUAUUAAACAUUGUAUAGAAAUAGCACCACUCAUUCCUCUGAGGAAAAUGCAGCUAAGUGGUGAAUGACAGAACAUAUUCCCCAUUUCCAAAUGGUGAGGACAUAUAGGAGAUACUGGGGGGAGGGGUGUUGGAGCCCUAGAGACAAUGGCUUUGUGAUAUUUGUUUUCUGUCCAUGUGUUUCAUAAGGAUAAUACAUGAUAUAAUUUCCACAUUGACCAACCUACCCAUCCAAAACUCAAGUUUCCAUCACAGAUUGAGCCCCAUCCAGCUCACUCCCUAGCUAGAUGUUCUCAUAUCUCCUUUCUUCCACUUUUAAUUAUAUGUUAACCUGAAACCAUUUUUGCUUUCCAUUAGCCACGUGUUUCAAAAGCUGGACUGACAUUCCUAACUUUUGGAAAACCAUCUCCUGUAAUCAGAUCUCUUCAAUGGAACAUCAAGUUGACAGCAGUUAAUCUAAAAGAUGAAUGGAAUAAACUGGAUCAAGAAAUGCCUUCUGUUCACAAGGCCUUCCUAAUUUUCUAGUUUUAAAAAAGGUUAUCCAAAUGCACAUCUACCUCCUUCUAGGCAUACUAAGUGCUAGAAAGGCAUGUAUAUCUAACUACAGUAUUUCUUAUGUCCUAAAAAUUUAAAAACAUAGAAGGAUGGCCAAAUGGGUGAAUGUGCUUCCUCUCCCAAGGCUGAAGAUUGACUAACCACAUUUGUCUACCCUAAUUUAUUUCAGGAUAGCAAGUUGUUCUUAAGGCAUUUACCUUUGAUUUUUCCAAAAUGGUAUAGCAAACAUGCCAUGCUUCCAUAAGGACACCAACCAUCUUCCAGAAUUCAAUUUCUCCGUCCAAUAUCAUCGUUGGUGUGUAUAGAUGGCUAACUGUGAGAUAGAUAGAUAGAUAGAUAGAUAGAUAGAUAGAUAGAUAGAUAGAUAGAUAGAUAGAUAGAUAAAAGAAGGUUCACACAGUCUCCUCUGUGGACUUUUACACAAUGUUUAUUUAAUGAAGAUUACUUUAUACAGAUGAAGAUCAUUACAUAGUUUCUUAUUUGCAGAUUUGAAUCCUCAGGGAGCAAGGGGAGGUUGCAAGUUGAAGAUAAAAUGGAAUAGAAGUGGUCAGCUUACAAGAUGGAUGGUACAGGAACCAGAGUUUGUUACAAUUUCUUUCUAAAAUGUAUUAUCUUUAUACCCACUACACACCCUCCAGGCGGCUGUUCUGAAAGAGGUGAAGAACAAAAGAUGGGAAUGAAAAAAUUGCACAUUCCCACUAUUGUAAAAUUACAGAACAGAGACAAGAUCUGCUGAAAAAUACUAAGACAUAAUGUACAAAACGUAACAGAAAGAAAUAACUUUCAUAUUGGCAAAUAGAUACACAAUUUUCUUGUAAAGCUGUUUGUGAGUAUAUGUGUCUUCAUAAAAAGCAAGUAAAAAAUGGAAUCCAAUUCCGAGCAUGCAAACAUUCAUGGAAUCAAAGUCUCUUCAUGAAUAACCAAUUCAGUUCUUGCUCUGUCUUAUCCCCAAAAUAUCCAAACUGAAACAGUAAUGCAGCGAGAAUGGCUUUGUAUAUCAAAAGUUCACAGACCCUUCUGAAGCCUGAAAAUGUACUAGGAAAGCUAUUCCAGCAAACUCAUUUUCACAUAAUCACAGGUGCGAAGGACAUUUGAAAGGAACCAUUUCAAAGGCAGCAUAUUUGUUCAUGUAGUCAUGGCUGCUACAACAAAGCCUUUGGUAAAAGUGAAUAUCCCACCUAUCUCUCAAAGAAGACUUCUCUCAUAAGAUAAAUGGGAUAAACAGAUAAGGGUCAGUAAGAUGUCAAUAAUGAUGGAUGUAUAUAUUUAUUAGAAAGCACUAACCUUGUGCAAUUGUGCAGCUUAUUAAUCUUAGACUCUGAACUUAAAGGUCUUACAUGAUCUUGUAUUUAUUUAUUUAUUUAUGACAUUUGUACUUUCUCUACCCCAGCGGGGACUCAAGGCGGCUUUACACAUAAGCAACUAUUUGAUACCUUAAAACAAUGUACAAUUAAAAUAAACAGUUUAAAAUUGAAUUAUAUAAUACAUAUAAAGUACCACUUGUAUAGGGAGCCCCCAAUGGUGCAGCAGGUUAAACCGCUGAGCUGCUGAGUUUGCUGACCAAAAAGCUGGCGGUUCAUAUCUGGGGAGUGGAGUGAGCUCCCACUAUUAGCCCCAGCUUCUGCCAAUGUAGCAGUUUAAAAACAUGCAAAAUGUGAGAUCAUGUGCUGGCCACAUAACCUAGGAGGUGUCUACGGACAACGCCAGCUCUUCGGCUUAGAAAUGGAGAUGAGCACAAACCCUCAGAGUUGGACACGACUAAACUUAAUGUCAGGGGAAACCUUUACCUUUACUUACCACAUGUAUUAUUUCAACUAUAAAACCCACCUUUCUAUUCUCUUCCCUCAUUUGACCAAGACCUUUCUUUACAACUGCUACAACAAUCUUGACAUAUUAGAUCAAAAACCCAACAGCCGAUCCUGAUUUAAAAUAAGAAAAAAAAAACAUAUUAUGAGCAUAUCCAAUUUCACAUUACAAACACACUUAAAUCCUAGCACCAUCAUCACUAUGGGGAGAAGAUUUUUUUUCUGCUGACCCAGUAUUAAGCACAAUUUCUUUGGAUUCAUUUUUGUAAGGAAAGGCACUGCUUUUCAAAGGAAAAAUAUGACAUUCAGUAAACAUUCAUCUAGCUAUCCCUCAAUGAUAAGAAUGCUACAGUGACCAUAAGGAAAUCUGAUGGGAUCCAACAUACCCAUGCUGACCCAAGGACUUACAUGAAAGCUCUGCAGCCCCAUUACUUGCCAUUCAAUGGUUCUGUGAAGUUGGACCCUGAUCCAUCUCCGUAUCUCAGCUCCUUAUGUGUAGCUCUAAGCCAGUGGUUCUCGACUUGAGGUCCCCAGAUGUUUUUGGCCUACAACUCCCAGAAAUCCCAGCCAGUUUACCAGCUGUUAGGAUUUCUGGGAGUUGAAGGCCAAAAACAUCUGGGGACCCCAGGCUGAGAACCACUGCUCUAAGCUUUACAGGUGCUCAGGAAUAGCAGAAACUGAGAGAUUACUCUUCACAACAUGGAAGAAGGUAGGGAAGAAUACAUAGAAAGAAUAUCUCAACUGAACAGGAAUAUUAUUGAUCUUCCAAGAAAUGUUUAAAUCAUUCUAAAGCAAAUUGCCUGUAAAAAAAGAAAGUCUUCCCUGCUUCUUUGAUACUAAUGUAAUUUAUUGAGCCAAAGAAGUAUAAGCUUUUCAUAAAACGGAUAAGUGAGGCAUUGCAAUAGAUUAUUGCACUGUAUUCCCAACUUCUGUCAGGCUUGUGGGAAAACGAAAAAAAAUGGUAAGACGGGGAAAGACAGCUAAUUUACAUUUAAUAUGUUGAGUUGUUAUAAAACUGUCUCUAGGUUCAGCUGCCAUCAACAUUCUGAAAGUCUUAGAAGCACAAAGGAUUUGUCAUAAAUGUUGUUUUCACUCCUUACUUUUAAUUUACUAAGCUGCAUGUGAUGGAACUCUACAGACAGCACAAAAUUUUGGGUGAUGUGGUUAAGUUUCAUUUCCAAAAUCAUCCUAUUUAGGUACAGUAUGAUGACUGGGUAAGUCCUAAAUGGAUUUAUGACUGCAGUUUCUAUACACAGACACACGCAAAUACACACACACAAUAGCAUGAUGUAACAGUUUGAACAUUGGACUACAACUAUGGAGACCUUCAAAUCCCCACUUGGAAAACCACUGGGUGACUGUAGUCAAGUCACAUUUUCUCAGAGAGAUACAAAGGCAAAAUUCUUAUGAUCAAAUCUUGCCAAGAAAACCCCUGAUAGGGUCUUUUUAGGGUUGCCAUAAUUUGGAAAUUAUUUGAAUAUCCAAAACAACAAAUAUAUGCUCACUCAGGAGUAUAUGGCUAAAUCCAAUUGCUAAUCUCGAGUAAAGUAAAUGAAAUUCUACCUUCAGGAAAAACUUUAGUUGGUCAAAUAUUUGGAUUUUAGCUGAUCUCUGCUUAGUCCAUCCAAUAUUCCUCAAUAUUUCUUAUUUUGAAAUCCCAAGGCAUUCUAUUGCUAUAGUUCUCUGCUGGUCUUAGUUAUGAUUCCAUUAGUUACUAAUGAUUAGUAUGAUAAGGGUAGUAAGAAACAACAUGCAGCCUGCCAAACAACAUUGUUCAAUUGCAUUGAUACUGAACUUCACUCAGGCAGUUAAUCAACUGCUCCAGAGAAUAAGAUGGAUGAUAGAUAUCCCAAAAUAAUAAACAUAAAAGGUAAGAAAUAAUAAAUACUAAAAGUAUAUUAUUGAUAUAAAUGUAAUACCAUUAUGAUUGGCAUAGUUUGAUUCUACAGCCUGCAGCAAUAAUAAUAAUAAUAAUAAUAAUAAUAAUAAUAAUAAUAAUAAUAAUAAUAGCAGCAGCAGCAACAACAACAAAAACAACUUUAUUUUUGUAUCCUACCACCCCCAAGGCGACUCAGGGUGGCUCACAUGGGGCAAGGCCCAACAACACAAUUAAAAUGAUGCUUACAUAAAAAGCAAUUCAUAAUAAAACAGAAUAAAACCUAUGCAUUUCAUUUUUUUCUGUAGGAUUCUAUAUUUAGGCAGAAAUGCUGAAAUGUACAUAAACAGGAUGGGUGACAUCUGGCUCAACAAGUGUACAUGUGAAUGAGAACUUGGAACUUUAGUAAACCACAAGUUGAACAUGAGCCAACAAUGUGAUGCAGCAGCUUAAAAAGCCAAUGGGAUUUUGGCCUGCAUCAAAAGGAGUAUAGUGUCCACUGUCUAGAUCAGGGAUCCCCAAAUUUUUUAAGCCGAGGGCCAGUUCAUGGUCCCUCAGACUGUUGGGAGGCUGGACUAUAGUUUGAAAAAGAACAUGCACACAUUUGUAUGUUAUUUGUAAUGCAAAAAAUAGAAGAACAAUAUAAUAUUUAAAACAAAGAACAAUUUUAAACAACAUCAACUUACCAGAAUUUCAAUGGGAAGUGUGGGCCUGCUUUGGGCCAACGAGACAGUCAAGUUAAUUAGGAUUGUUGUUGUGUGCCUUCAAGUCGUUUCAGUCUUAGGGUGACCCUAAGUCUAAAGUUUAGGGUGGUAGAUAAAAGACCUUGCAGGGUUGCACCCAUCCCACAGGUUUUAGUUUGGGGACCACUAGUUUAGAUCAAGGGAAGUAAUGGUGCACCACUAUUCUGCUUUGGACAAACCUCACCUGGAAUACUCAGUCCAAUUCUAGGCACCAUAAUUCAAAAAAGAUAUUCGCAAACUGUAAUGUGUCCACAGGAGGGCGACUAAAAUGAUCAAAGGUCAGGAGACUAUGCCCUAUGAGGAGCAGAUUAAAUUGCUAGGUAAAUUUAGACUGCAGAAGAGAAGGCUGAGAGGAGACCUGAUAGCCAUGUUCCUUAUGAAAGGAUAUCAUAAAGAGGGAGCAGGUUUGUUUUCUGCUGCUCUUGAGGCUAGGACUCAGAGCAAUGGGUUCAAACUACAGGAAAGGAGAUCUCACAUGAACUUUAGGAAGAAUGUCCUGACCGUAGGAGCUGUUCAACGAUGGAACUCACUGCUUCAGAAUAUGGUGGAGGCUCCUUCUUGGGAUGCUUUUAAACGGAAGCUGGAUGGCCAAUUGUCAGGUGCUUUGUGUUUUUCCUGCAUGUCAGGGGGUUGGACUGGAUGGCCCAUGUGACCUCUUCCAACUCUAUGAUUCUAAAAGUCCUGUGAUUUAUCUUUUAAGUACUUAAGAUUUUUCUGUUUAUAGGUACAGAACAUAAUAGAAUUCUGUGGUAGAGAAAUCUACAUAUUUUACUAAUCCAGAAAUCUCAGGAUCCUGUAGUAUGAAGCCAUGAUAGAUGAAGUGGUAUGCAACAAACAAUUGUAUAGUGCAGAUCAUCCUAAAACUGAAAUAAAGUUAAGCUCAGAUACAUUGUGUAUAUCGAAACCAUAUCCUUUAUUGGGAAGCAUUCAUCCACAUGGUCCUCCCCUCAUGACCUGAAAUGGAACAGUCCAACAACACUUUUAAAAGCUCAUCUGCGUAAAGCAAGCUUUAUUUGGUAAUUUAUUUGGGGUCCCAUUGUUCAGAUUGCAAAGGGUCAAUCUUGUUUGUUUUCUGACAGCUUUCUUGUUUUAUCUGUUUAUUACAAUAUGUCUGCCCUGGACUAGAGACAUGUAAUAGAGAAUCUUGUUGACAAAGAGCUUUUUUCUCCAUAAUAUACUGUCCCGUAUGGAAGACAGAGGGUCUUUCCAGAUGUUUUACUCUGUGCAGAUGUUACUUAGAUCUCAAAACAUUGUUCCUUAUGGAAUUCAUUCUGUUGCAGAGAUAUUGUUAUGCCCCCAAGCUGGAACAUUAUAUAAGGGCAGGAUAUUUGUUACAUCACUGGUGUUGUAUCAGAGGCUAACGCUAAUAAACAGCUAAAAAUAAAGUCUUUUUGAAAUCAU